AUGCCUACGAUGAGCGACCACCAGCUGCAGCCUGCUAGCCCCAGCAGACCCCUGACCAACGGCCACUUCCCGCCGUCGAGUCCCACAUCCCCGAGACCCUCUCACAGCUUCUCCAUUCAGCUGGAGAGUAGCAUGCGACGAUUCACCAAAGAUAAGGACCAGCAACGUGCUGGCCCGUCACAUGCUUCAAUUCUCAACGGGUCAUAUCGAUGUCCAUCGGGGCAUGCGACGAGGGCACCCAGUGAGUCUGGACAGCCGACGACGCAGGAGGACUGCGUCGAGUGUAAUCAGAUUCGGACGCAGCUGCAUCAAGUGCAAGCCGAGAUGGCCAGUCUGCGAGAGAUGUUCGGAAAGCAGACGCGUGUGUCACGGCGAAAUGAGAAGUAA